UUAGGGUAGAAGCACAAGCAAAUGGUGUGCUUGGGCUGUGCGCAUCCGUCUCUGUGUCCUCCUGCCUAUUUACCGAGAGCCUUUCUGCAGCUAGCAUGCCUCUGACCCCCUAGAAGUGACUCUGCUGGCCCGAGGCGCGCCACCCACAGGGCCUGCUGCGGGCGGCGGCGAGGGCGGUGCGGAGUGCGGACGCCUCCUCAGUCAACAUGGCGGACGCGAGCGGCCAGGUGGACGCCAGCUCCGACAGCAGAGAGGACUCCAACAGCGAGGACUCGACCAAGCAGCAGCCGGGGAACAUCUUCAGAAACGAUGGCUCGUUCAUGGAGAUGUUCAAGAAGCUGCAGGAGGACCAGAGGAAGAGGGAAGACGAGCCGAGAGCCGCGCCGAAGGAGAGCCCGAGUGCGGCCGAUGACAGGGCCUCGCCUCACGCCUCGGCCAGGGAGCUGCCCAAGAAGACGUCACUCAGUUUUGUGGGCAAGCGACGGGGCGGGAGAAUCCUGGCCACUGGGAUGGUCAAGAAGCAGCGGAAGGAGGCAGAAAGUGAAAAGCAGCCUGAUGGUGGUAAGACUGAUGCUUGGUCUCAGUAUAUGAAUGAAGUUCGGAAAUACAAGGAACAGUCAUGUGAAGAAGAAGGAAAAAGACGACCUUUAGUGAAAUGAUUGGUGUCCAAACUUAAUUUAGUCUGUAUUUAAGAUGUAAUAUAGUUUGAUGGUCAAUCAUUUUUUUAUAUACUCUAGCUUGUAUGAUUCUGACAGCAUGACAGUUUGGAAGAAUCAGCUGUGGCUAAAGAGGAAAAAAGACCAAAUACAAAGGAUUUAUGAAUAUAUAAUCAAACCUUCUCAUCUUAAGGGUCAGAUGCUCAAGCAAAGGGAGUAAGUUGAUUGCAUUUAGAAAUUUAAUAGUUUUCUGGUUGUCUUUUAGAGUACUAGUGAGAGAUGUUGUUGUCUAUAUGUCUCUUGGUACUAUUUCUUAGCAUCUAGACUCUUUUGACUUUGUAAACUGAGAAUUAUGUUACCUUUGAAGAUUUGGAAUAUCUCUGUCUUUUACAACUUUCAUCCAUUACACUAAACCGUUUGCCCUUCUAAUGUAAAUCAAAGAUUUACCAACAUACUGUAGAUAGUAACAUACUUAUGCAUCAGCUUUUAAUAUUAGAUGGGAACCAAGGUUGAGAAAAUAUUAAUUUCAAUCCCAACACACAUUAAACAGCAAAACUAAUCUUUAGCAGUUGAUUGAUUACUAGUCUCACAUUUCAUUUUCGAGUGACUUAAAAAAAAGUGUCAUAGGUGUCACUCCAAGGUUUGAUGUGCAAGAAAGUGACAUAGCAGUUGUUUUUAAGGUUUGAUGUGUGUUUGUCCUUACUGUACUUACUUUCGAAGUGACUUUUUUCUCGAAGCUAUUUAUUGUAAGUGGUGAUUACAUGCAAAUGUAGUUGUAUUAGUCUCUCCCAAAUGAAUGGAUGCCUUCCAUAGAUUCCUGGCACUUUUUCUUCCAUUGCAUCAUCAUAUCCUGUAGCACAAUUCGUUCAGGUUUUAAUGGGAUUAUGUUUGAUUGUAGAUUGGUAAAGGCAAUUAUGAAAUAUAUUUGCUUUUGGAAAAGUCUUUGAGAGAGGCACAUUUGAGAUAGGCAUUGAUAGAUACCUUUUUCUUUUUUCCCCCCUUCUUUAUAUAAACAAAAUUUUGUAUGUAUUUAGUUGCAUCUGUGCAGUCUAGACCAGGUAUCAAGUUCAGUUUUUUUAUUUUUUUAUUCUUUGUUUAUGUUUUAUUCAUUGGAUAAUUGAGCCAAAUAAAAAGGAUUCUCAUUGUUACAACUCGGCCAUGACUAUAAACGUAUUUUUGAUUGUGUAAAUAUUCAAAGCAUAUUUUUUAGACACCAUGUCUAAGAAAUGAAAAUAUAUCCGAGAAGAAAAUAAGCAACUAACAACAAUAUGUGUGGGAGUGCCAAUAAGGGUAAAUCAAGAAAUUUGAAAAUACAGUAGUUAUAUUUCCAUUAGUUCUUAAUUACUAAUAAUUGUGAUCGUGUAAAUUGUAAAAUACAUAAUGAGAUUUCUGUUAUCCUCGGGAAAGUGACUAAUAUUGAGAAUGAAUUCUUGGAACAAAAAAGAUUAAUCAGUUUUAUGAGAAAUGAAAUGAAUGUUAUUUUUCAUUGCCAGCAUUUAAGAGCUUUCUGUAUUUUUUUUUUAAGUAUUUAUUUUCCAAGAGCCUUACAUUCUUUGCUUAGCUGGUCAUUGCUCUCUUUCUUCCAAACGGUAACCCUUUUGUAUUUUACUUUCAAGUGUAUGUGAUAUAUACAUAUCAGCAUUUAAUUUUCAUUGAUAUGAUGGUUGAUUCAUAUUCUUUUGAUGAUUCUAUUUGUAGUUCAUAUCAUCAUUAACUAAUGACAAUAUUAUUCAGAACUGAUAUUCUUAUUAUGUACUUUCUUUUAUUUUUUCCUCAUUAUCAUUAUCAUUAUUGAAGCAGUAAAAGGGACACAAAAUCUUAAGUUAUUAGGCCUGCAUAGACUGGAAAUUAAAAAAUUCCUUGAGAAUUUUAUUUUUGCAGCUACAAGAAAGAAGCUUAGUUGUUCCCAUUCAAAGAAUCAAAGUAAACUGGAUGUCUGUAUUUUUAAUGAAAAUAAAGACUUGUACAGUGUGCACAAUACAUAUCCAUUCUUUAGUACUGGGGAAAAACCAUGAGGAUAUAUAUGAUAAGAUUAUUGUGCCAACAUAUCUGUACAGCAUUUGUUUAUGUGUAAGAUCAAUGGAAAAGGGAUCUUGAAAUUUGCUUUCAGUGAGUUCCAAUGCCUGACAAAUAUAUUGUGAUAUAGGCUUAUAUACUUCUGAACAGCUAAUACAUUUAUUAUGUUGUAUAUACUUUGUUACUUUUUUUAAGUAUGGGGAUAAUUAUCUCAAACCUUGCUUUGAAAUAGAAAAGCAGAGUCAGGAAAAAUGUGUAUUCAUUAAAGGUUAAAACUGACAACGUAUUGGUGGUGCAAGGCAGAGAACAGUGAUUUGAUUGUUAUCAAAGUCUUUAGAAUAAAAAAUAAAUAAAUACCAUAGUGGAAAUGUUCCAGUACAACAUUAGAAAUUUGAAAUAUAAAAUAUUAGAAAACAUUGAUCACUGGGACACUAAUUCCCUUUGUCCCCAUUAUAUUGAAGUAUGUAGAAAAACAAUACAAACAAACAAAAACACAUACCUACAUACACAGAUAUACAUACAUAUAUAGACAUGCACAAACACAUACAUACAUCUACACCUGUAUAUAUACACAUACAUCAGUACAUACAUACAUACAUACAUACAUACAUACAUACAUACAUACAUAUAUAUUAUAUAUAUAUAUAUAUAUAUAUAUAUAUAUAUAUAUAUAUAUAUAUAUUAUAUAUAUAUAUAUAUAUAUAUAUAUAUAUAUAUAUAUAAUGAAACAUACAUAUAUACACAUUAUAUAUAUUCAAAUGAACAGGUAUGCUUUGAACUCAUUUCCUGUACAAGUUUUUCAUCAUGAACAUGAGUUAAAAUUCAUUAGAUAUUCUCUAUUAGCUAUUUUUAUUGAUAAAAGUAAUUAGGAAUUGGUUCUUUUGUGUAGAUAUAAAGGGAUACUUACAGUAUAUCAUGUAAGAUUUAAAAAUCAUGUAAAUAAAAGUUCACAUAUUUUAUGAAUUUCAAAAUUAUUGUUCAUGACAGGAAGGAGAUGUAUUAUCUUUUUCAGGAAAUAUUUAUGAAAAUGUAAAUUUUUCUCUAGGUUAUGUAAUAAAAUAGACAAAGUACUUUCAAGUCUUUGACAGUUUUACCAAAUAAAAAAUCAUGACUUUCUAUUAAAAUGACCCCAAAAUGGGAAUUAGAUUGUGAUAUUGCUGUAUUCCCUUUAUUUGCAACUUCUUCGGCAAA